GUUUGGAAUCUCUGGUAAACUGCCCUCACCUGUGCUUCCCUCUGGAGAGGAAGAAGAGGGAGAGGCCUGAAAUCCAGCAGUUAUAUCCCCAUCAGGAGCCUGAAUGCUCACUUCAGGUGUUAUCAACAUGGAGUUCUGAAGUCCAUGUGGCUCUUCACAGUGAAUCAGGUGUUAAGGAAAAUGCAGAGACGCCACAGCAGUAACACGGAUAACAUUCCACCUGAAAGAAACCGCAGCCAGGCGCUCAGCUCCGAGGCAAGUGUGGAUGAAGGCGGCGUCUUUGAGAGCCUGAAGGCAGAAGCCGUCUCCCCACCAGCGCUCUUCUCGGGCUUAACCGGCAGCCUUCCCUCCAGCUCAUUCCCGUCCAGCCUGGUGCUAGGAUCCUCGGCAGGUGGCGGGGACGUGUUCAUCCAGAUGCCCGCGUCCAGGGAGGAGGGCGGGGGCCGGGCCGAGGGUGGCGCCUACCACCACCGCCAGCCCCACCACCACUUCCACCACGGCACCCACCGCGGGAGCUCCCUGCUGCAGCACAUGGGCGGGGACCACCGUGGCCACACAGAGGAGGGUGGCGAUGAGCAGCCUGGGACACCUGCCCCUGCCCUGUCCGAGCUGAAGGCUGUCAUCUGCUGGCUCCAGAAGGGACUCCCCUUCAUCCUGAUCCUCCUGGCCAAAGUGUGCUUUCAGCAUAAGCUUGGCAUCGCCGUGUGCAUUGGGAUGGCCAGCACCUUUGCCUAUGCCAACUCCAUGCUCCGAGAACAGGUCUCCCUGAAGGAGAAGAGGUCCGUGCUGGUCAUCUUAUGGAUCUUGGCCUUCCUGGCAGGGAACACCCUGUAUGUGCUUUAUACAUUCAGCUCCCAACAGCUGUACAACAGCCUCAUAUUCCUGAAGCCCAACUUGGAGACUCUGGACUUUUUUGACCUGCUGUGGAUCGUGGGGAUUGCAGACUUUGUGCUGAAGUAUAUCACCAUCGCCCUCAAGUGCCUCAUUGUGGCCUUGCCCAAGAUUAUCCUGGCUGUCAAGUCCAAGGGAAAGUUCUAUCUGGUCAUCGAGGAGCUGAGCCAGCUGUUCCGCUCUCUCGUCCCCAUCCAGCUGUGGUACAAAUACAUCAUGGGUGAUGACUCCUCCAACAGCUACUUCCUGGGAGGGGUCCUGAUCAUUCUCUACAGCCUCUGCAAGUCAUUCGACAUCUGUGGCCGAGUGGGUGGAGUUAGGAAAGCCCUGAAGCUUCUCUGCACCUCUCAGAACUAUGGAGUCCGAGCCACCGGGCAGCAGUGCACAGAAGCAGGCGAUAUCUGUGCCAUCUGCCAGGCUGAGUUCCGAGAUCCUCUGAUUCUCCCCUGCCAGCACGUGUUCUGUGAGGAGUGCCUCUGCCUGUGGCUGGACCGCGAGCGCACCUGCCCGCUCUGCCGCUCGGUCGCCGUGGACACCCUGCGCUGCUGGAAGGACGGCGCCACGUCAGCACACUUCCAGGUGUAUUAGGGCCAAAUGCCAGGGACACCGGGGGGCACUGAAGGGUCAGGGGGCUUCCUGGACUACACAUCCUGCCUCCUGCCGUGCACCACCUCUGACCACAAAGCCUGGCCCCUGCCUGUCCUCUCCACCUUCUCCUUCCUCCCUCGUCUGCAAUGUAGUUCGUGCAUCCUUCCCCUACACGUGGGGAAGUCCUCCUAAUUAGACUUGGUCCCCUCCCAGGGAGGUUUCCCAUCCCCUCUUCAAGUCGAGGACCUGGUAAUACAUGAACUUCCCACCUGUUGGUUCUUUUAACCCAGUACCUGGUGCUUGACGCUGCAGCCUGGGGGGGAGGCUUGAGAUCACGGCCUCCCUGCAAUGGCCCAGGCAGGUUAGAAUCACUGUGAAGUGUGUUCAGAACACAGAUGCUGGGUCCCACCAUAUACCUAUAAUAACUCAGUGGUCCAAACUCUUAGUGUGUGCCAGGCACUGCAUCACGCAUCCUGCUCAGAUCACCUCCCAUCCUCACCACAGCCCUGUGAUGGAGGUACGGUUGGGUUCCCCAUUGUACAGGUGAGGAAACUGGGGCAUAGAGCUUGGUAUGGUCACUUUCCCAGGGUCACCCAGCUAGUUGUGGGGGACUGAGUCCCCAAAAAGGCCUGGUCACACAUUAGAGCUAGUACUCUUCUAUUUUUUUUUUUUUAAGAGAUGAGAGUUCACUAUGUAGCCUAGGCUGGAUUUGAACUCCUGGGCUCAAGUGAUCCUCCUGCCUUGGCCUGCUGAGUAGAUGGGAUGGACUACAGGUAUACUCCAGCGUGCCUGACAGAGCCUGCACUUUCGAUCACCAUGCUGACCUGCCCUGCGGACACUCCAGGCAUGGUGCCCAGCAGACAUGGUUUUUAAAAGCACCCAAGGUGAUUUCGAUGCCCCUCCCUGGUUAAGAAUGAGGGACUCA